GGGGGGGCGGCGAGACGAACAGGCCCCAAUCGAGGGGAGGGGAGGGGAGCAGAGAAGAGGGGAGCGCGAGGCUGGGCGGUGGUCGCCGGAGAGGAUACGGGAGGGGGUCCGAGGAUAUUGAUCGGUCGAUAGGAGCCAUCGGACUCGCCCGACGCCGGCGGCGAUGGGGUACUGGUGGGACCGCGUCGUGCUGCCGGUGCGGCGGGUGUGGCUCGGCGUCGCCGCACGCUUCGGGGUUCGCCAGACAGGGCUGUGGAGGCUGCGGCAGGAGGUGAGCACGUGCGAGUACGAGGACGUGCACGUGAUGUGGGAGAUGCUGAGCCGCACCAGUACGGCGGCGGCGGGAAUGGGUGCGCCGCCGCCGGCCAGGAGGCACAGCCGGUUUCGGCAGCCGCGUCCAUGGACCAAGAGCAUCUGCCUCUGCGCGGGCUUCUAGAAGGUCUCCGCGGCCGGGCGGCCACCACCGCCUAUAAGCUGUGGCUGGCUUAGCUCGUGCUCUUCUCUCGCGACUUCUCUUUGAUUUACUUUCCCUUUCUUCCGUCUCGCUGCUGGGCUCUGAGAUGUAGUCGAUUCCUCCUCAUGUAUCGAUCCGCCUGUAGAUGAUACUUGGGGUAUGUGAAUGAACAGAGCUGUUUCAGAUUACUUUCUUGUUAA